AUGGCAACAGAAUGUAUAAAAAACUGCUGUAAAUGGUGUUUCUGCAUGGAAAAAGCAAAAAAUGAAUCAGUUUCCAUCGAAGCAGUAGCUGCGAGCAAGCCAACUAUUGUGGAGAAGCCUCCAUUGUCCUCUGUGUCAGUGAAGCGUCAAGUUGGCUGUUCAGAGGAUUAUCUGCUUUCUAAACUGCCCCUGGACGGUCAAGAGGUACCAUUUGUGGUCCCUCCGUUCAAACUGGCCUAUGUACAGCCGAAGAACCUUCCUAGUAUCUCACAUGCUGGAGUGAUUCAAGAAUCUGCCAGAGCAUCAUUUGGUGACCGGAAAGCAGAACUGCACGGCAUGUCCCAAUGGCCCCGCUACGAUGUCUACAACCCCUUCUAUUUGGAGCAUCGGGUCUCGCCAGAUCUGAUUAGGCGCUUCCAAGCAAAAUCAGAUAAUAGGAAAUUAUAUGGAUCAGUUAGUGAUUUAAGAUCUAGUGCUUUGCCUGGGUCAUUUGAUGUGAGUCGUUCAAUGUUUGAUCUCAGAAGCCCGCCUCAUCGAUUCAUGAAGAGAUAUGAUUCAGUCUCUAGUGUACCUAGCAGCACAUCUUCCAGGAAGGAUUCGCAAGGCAGCAACAGGAGUCUGGAUACUGUUACAUUAUCAGGUGAUGAACGAGACUUUGGAAGACUGAAUGUGAAGUUGUGUUAUGUUUCUUCCGUAGAACAGAUUUGGAUCACAGUUUUACAUUGCAAAGACCUGAGCUGGCCUGCUAGCUGUGGGGAAAAUCCUUGUAUCUAUGUCAAGGGAAUUCUUACCCUGCCCAAACCAGUGCAGUUCAAAUCUUCUGCCAAGGAAGGGUGCAAUGACAUUGAAUUUAUGGAGACUUUUGUAUUUGCUAUUAAACUGCAAAGCCUGCAGGCUGUCAGAUUGGUAUUUAAAAUCCAGACACAGACUCCCAGGAAAAAAACAAUUGGAGAGUGCUUCUUGGCACUGCGGGAGCUCAGCACAGAGGAGUCAAGUCACUGGCUGGAUAUAUCUCCUCCUUCCAAAGCACCUGUGUGCCGGGCAGAACUUCAAAUAGGAACUUGUUUUCAAGCAAUAAACAGGAGGAUUCAGUUACAGAUUCUUGAAGCUCAAAACCUUCCAGUUUCAUCUACACUGCUGUCUUCAAAUUUCUUUGUGAAAGUUGGAAUGUUCAGUACAGAAGGGCUGAUCUAUAAGAAGAAGACUCGUCUUCUCAAGUCCACUAAUGGCCAAGUGAAAUGGGGAGAAAUGAUGAUUUUUCCAGUUAGCCAAGCCGAACAAGGAAUUAGCUUUCUCAUCAAACUGUACAGCAGAAGCUCAGUGAGAAGAAAACACUUCCUAGGACAGAUCUGGAUAAGUUCUGAUAGCAGUAAUAGUGAAGCAGUAGAGCAGUGGAAAGAUACUAUUGCCAACCCUGAAAAAGUUGUUGUUAAAUGGUACAGCAUUGGUCCCUCUUGAAGACUGGCGAUGAAACUCAGGACUGAAUUUUCUACAAAGAUA